AUGACCCCAUGGGAAGUAGAACCCGCCCGUCUCCUCGCCCGGGACAAUGACCUGGAAGACGAGAACCAGAAGCUCGCCGAUAAUAACCAUAUCCUCGUGAUAAACAUUAUUGCUGCUCAAGCCGCUACUCAAGCUACCGCUCAUGAACGCAGCCGUGGCGACGCAAGAUUUGACCGCAUGGUGGACGGUAUCAGCUAUCUCACUACUGAGAUUCGCGCUGUAAUGUCGUUGACGCAAUUUACACUGUCUCCGGAGGUCCAUGUGAGCACUUGGAAGGAAGACGACGGCAACUUCAAGUGGGUGGCGAAGACGAGCUCCGAUUUUUACCGUCAGGAAACGGCAUUGACUUGCAUUGCUGCGGACACGGUUUCUGCAACUUAG